AUGAAUCUCAACUUCUACAAUUUCGUUGUUAUUGACGGAGAGAAUUUGCUACGUUACUUCAAAAUGUUGUGGAAAUCAACUGCAGUCACAUUGUCAUUAUUGUCUUCAAUAUCAUCUUCACCAAUAUACAACAAACGAGAAAAUUCCACUCCAACUGUUCAAAUCCAAAAUGGUACAAUCACUGGUAAAUAUUUAGAUGGGUUCAAUCAAGAUGCUUAUUUAGGUAUACCUUUUGCUGAACCACCAAUCAAUGAAUUGAGAUUUCAACCUCCACAAACUUAUAAUAAUCAUUGGAAUGAUACUCAAAAUUUUACCGAAUAUGGAUUUGCAUGUUUUGCUUCAAGUGGUCUUGAUUCCCGUAAAUUACCCCAAUCUGAAGAUUGUUUAACUUUAAACAUUGUUAAACCUCAUAAUAUUCCUCAAAAUGAAUCAUUACCCGUUGGUAUUUGGAUCCAUGGUGGUGGAUUUACUGAUGGUUCAGGUACAAGACCUGCUUAUAAUACUUCAUGGAUUGUGGAAAAUUCAGUUUCAAUUGAUAAACCAAUCAUUGCCAUUACAAUUAAUUAUAGAUUAAAUGGAUUUGGAUUCUUAAGUUCUGAUCAAGUUUCUCAAAAAGGUUGGACAAAUAAUGGUCUUAGAGAUCAAAUUAAAGCUAUUGAAUGGGUUCAUGAAAAUAUUGCUGGUUUUGGUGGUGAUCCAAAUCAUAUUGUCAUCUGGGGUGAAUCUGCAGGUGCUAUUUCAGUGGGGAAAUUAUUAAAUAAUGAUAAGUAUUUAGGUUCAUAUUUAAAAGGUGGUAUUAUGGAAAGUGGUUCAAAUGUUUUCACAAAUAUCUUACCUGCAUCAACUGAACAAAAUGAAGAUGAUUUCACUAAAUUAUUACAACAUUUCCAAUGUGACCAAGCUAUUGAUUAUUUGGAAUGUUUACAAAAAAUUGAUUCUAAAAGUUUACAAAAUGCCUUCAAUACAACUAAUGGUAUCUUAACUAAAGGUUGGGGAUUCCCAUAUAUUGAUGGUGAUGUUAUUACAGGUUCAGGUUAUGAUGUUUUACAAAGCGGUGAAGGAUUUCAUAAGGUUCCAAUUUUAAUAGGUACAAAUACAGAUGAAGGUAGUGCUUUUGUAAAUAAAACUUUGAAUACUACUGAACAAACUGAAAAUUACUUACAAAAAAGUUUUCCACAUUUAAGUGAUAAUUCAACUUCAAAAUUAAUUGAAUUAUAUAAUGGGAACAACUCACAAUUAGUUACACCACAAGAUCCAACUUAUAAUAACACACCAAUAACUUACCCACCAUAUUUAGGUUCAACUUAUCCAAGAUUAGCUACUUUAAAUGGUGAUUUAAUGUUUAUCGCGGGAAGUAAAUUCACUGCAAAAUUAUAUGCUGAAAAUGAUUUACCAGUUUUCAAAUAUAGAUUUAAUAUUCCAACGUUAGAAACUUCAAAUUCAACAUAUUUAGGCUCAACUCAUUAUCAAGAAGUUGUUUAUGUUUUCGAUAAUCAACAACAUCCAACUGAUGGUUCCGAUGGUACAAAUGUAUACCCUUCAGAAGAUGCUUCAAAAAUUUCAGAUGCUAUUUCCAAGAUUUGGGUUUCAUUUAUUCAUGAUCUUGAUCCAAAUAUUUCAAAUGGUGAUCAUAAAGAUGGUGGUAACUUCCAAAUUGAUGUUCCAAAUUGGCCUGAUUAUAGAGAUGGUUCAGAAAAUUACGUUUUUGAUUUAAAGGGGUUUCAUAUCGAACAAGAUGAUUUUAGAAAAGAGCAAUUUGAAUACAUCGAAAGUAUUAUUCAUCAAUUAGAUGGUUAA